UGUGCGUGUGCGGCGCGGUGCGUGGUUUUGCAGGCGGUGGCGGCGGAAGACGAGGAGGCGGAGGGGGAGGAAGGGUUCCUGGACGCGCCCGAGGACGAGUUCCACGAGAACCUCAUCUACCGCGGCCUCUUCCGCAAGCGCAGCGUCUCCCUCGAAGACGCCGCCUCCUCCGCCGCCAGCGACGCCGACGCGCCGGCCUUCCAGAGAAUGGUAACGGGAAGAGGAUGGGUUGAGGAGGUGUUUGCGGAAGUUGCAGAUGAAGAAGAUGAGGAUGAGGGAGAUGAGGGUGAAAAGGAAGCAGAAGAAGAAUUAAAAUGGGCAGUUGGUGGGAAGGCUUAUAAGGGAGAAAUGUAUAAGAGAGAGUAG